AUGGGGGCGUCCGCUCGGCUGUUGCGGGUGAUCUUGGGAGCUCCGGGCUCGGGCAAGGGCACCGUGUCUUCGCGUAUCAUCAAGCAUUUCGAGCUGAAGCACCUCUCCAGCGGGGACCUGCUGCGACAGAACAUGCUGCGAGGCACAGAAAUUGGUGUGUUAGCCAAGACUUUCAUUGAUCAAGGGAAGCUCAUUCCAGAUGAUGUCAUGACUCGGCUGGCCCUUCAUGAGCUGAAAAAUCUCACUGAGCACAGCUGGCUGUUGGAUGGUUUUCCAAGGACACUCCCACAGGCAGAAGCUCUGGACAGAACUUAUCAGAUAGACACCGUGAUUAACCUGAACGUACCCUUUGAGGUCAUUAAGCAACGCCUUACUGCUCGCUGGAUUCACCCAGCCAGUGGCCGUGUCUACAACAUUGAGUUCAACCCUCCCAAAACUGUGGGCAUCGAUGACCUGACCGGAGAGCCUCUCAUUCAGCGUGAGGACGACAAGCCAGAGACGGUCAUCAAGAGACUGAAGGCAUACGAGGCUCAAACAGAGCCGGUCCUGGAAUAUUACCAGAAAAAAGGGGUGUUGGAAACGUUCUCUGGAACAGAAACCAAUAAGAUCUGGCCCAGCGUAUAUGCUUUCCUACAAACAAAGAUUCCAGAAACACACCAGAAGGACUCCGUCACUCCAUGAGAAGAAACGCACAUCACCAGGAAGAGAGCAGGAGCUGCUUGUGCUCACCUCCAGAAACCCCUCUGCCUAGGGCUCCAGCACGUGUGAAUUCUUUGGAAAUUGUGUCUUAUGUCUACUAUUUUUUUGGGAUACUACUAAGGAUGUGCCAAAUGAUCAAAUAGAAAAGAUUCAUCUUUUAUGACCCUCUAAUAUGUUUUAUCCAGUUAUCUCUUAUAGGUUAUUCAAGAACAGCAGGAUGGCUAAUCUUUUGAAAACCUGGGGAAAGCAAAAAUGUGAAAGUCAUUGAUAGCAAUCAUUUUGUUUGAUAAAGACAAGUAUUUGAUAAGAUUUUCAGUCUUCUGGAAAAGUUUAGUCAUUUCUGGCACCGUGGGACAUGGUUUUGUGAGACAUUCUAUUAAAUUAUAGAAAAAAAAGCAACUGGAACUACAGAUCUGCUACAAGAUGCAAAUUCACUGAUGCCUUUACACUAAGAAACUUACAAGUUAGCCAAAUAUGCUGUAUCUAUGUUGUUGGUAAGGAUACCUUCCGUUUACUCAGAAUUUCCAGUCUGCCAUAAAUAUCUGUCAGCAUAAGGGAAGAUAGUACUUUAAUAAUGACGCUUUCUUCUGAAAAUAUAUGUCUUGAGGCAUGAUUUAUGUCAGAAAUUUGACAUUAUCACUUCUUGGAUAAG